GGGAGGGUUCGGCAAAUCUCGCGAAGAUCUUCGACCCGUUGAAAACAUCAAGAUCCCCAAACAACAUACAUACCCAAAAAGUGCUUUAUCGCUGGCGGCAGUUGCCUCAUUGCCUCCUGUUAUCAGAAGCACUGAUUGGAUUGUUCUGCUUUGGAUAGGGUGCAAGCUAAGCUAAGCUACUGAUAUCUUUUUCGUUGCUGGGCCAAAGAACCAAAAAACUUGACCUGUGUUGACAGAAAUGCUUCGUGGCAGCAAGGGAGGCAGGAUGUCUAGUAGCACGAUUCCAGUCCACAACAACAAUGGUGGCGGCGACGACUUGGAAGGCGGUGGUGGAAAUCCAUUGUUGGCUCGUUCUCCUUCGAGUGGUUUGAAUGCUAUGGAUAUGGAAAUGGAUCCUCUUCAUCCCAGUGGCAAGCAACGCAAACGCAAGAAACACUCGACCGCAUCCAUUGUCAACAUGGCUACCUCCUCGUCUCUGGAUUCCAUUCGACUCUACGGAACUUUGCUCGUCGUGGGAUCUUUAUGCAUCUGUCCCUUUGUAAAGAUCCAAUGGGCCAUUUUGGUGCUGGUCUAUGCGUCGUGUCUCUUUGGCUGCUUUGCCACUCUCUGGCUGGGUCGCAGUGUCUUGCAGUGCGACGAUGGUACCGCUGAAAUGAGAGCCGUCAGUGAUCCCAUCCGAGAAGGAGCCGAAGGAUUCUUGCAUGUGCAAUACACGGCCAUUGCCAAGUUUGCCAUUCCCUUGGCAGGAAUGAUUGUCAUUAGUUAUCAGUUCCGUCCUCAUAAUAUGGAAGGAGAACUCACGGGACCUGCCAUUUUGGGAAAUACCUUGUUGGGCAUCGUGGCGGCCAUGGGAUUUGCCUUUGGAGCUAUUUGCAGUGCCAUUAGUGGUUAUAUUUCCAUGUGGGUAGCUGCACAGUCCAAUAUCCGAGUCGCUUCCGCGGGGCGUCGGUCCUAUGGAGAAGCUUUGGUCAUUUGUUUUCGAGGAGGCGCCUUUUCGGCCGUUCUAAACUUGACGCUCUGUAUUGUUGGAGUCACCACCCUCUACUUGAUCAUGUACAUGCUCUUUUGUAAGGGCGAAAAUAGUCCUACGGAAAAUACCUGGCAAGUGUUGAAUGCGACCGAAAUCCCCAUGCUCCUGGUGGGAUAUGGAUUUGGUGCUUCCUUUGUCGCACUGUUCAUGCAACUGGGUGGAGGAAUUUAUACCAAAGCCGCAGAUGUCGGAGCCGAUCUCGUGGGAAAAGUCGAACAAUCCAUUCCAGAAGAUGAUCCCAGAAAUCCAGCCACCAUUGCCGAUCUGGUCGGGGACAUGGUGGGAGAUUGUGUCGGUUCCAGUGCCGAUGUCUUUGAAUCGGUCGCUGCGGAAAUUAUUGGAGCCAUGAUUUUAGGAUCCACCUUGGCGAAUGAAUCGGGCAUGGAUUCUUAUCACGCGACCAAGUUCGUGUUCUUCCCUCUUGUCGUUCACGCCAUGGAUAUUAUUGUAUCCAGUAUUGGCAUUGCGUUUGUGGGAAGAACUCGGGAUACGGCAGAUUCUGAUCCCAUGAAACAGCUGCAAAAGGGAUACCGCAUAGCAUUGGCUCUUUCCGUCGCAGGAUUCUUUCUCAUUACCCACCAGCUACUCGGUACACCCGACAAUCCAUCUGCCUCCUUUCAAUUCUUUCUAUGCGGUGUUGUGGGCAUGGCGUGUGCGUAUAUCAUUGUGCUCAGCACUCAAUACCAGACGGAUUAUGCCUACGGGCCCGUUCAAUCCAUUGCCGAGGCUUCCACAACUGGACAUGGGACCAAUAUCAUUGUGGGCGUGAGCGUCGGAAUGAAAGCAACUCUGGUGCCCACCAUUGCCGUGGCUAUUGCUGUGUUGACAGCCUACCAUCUUGGAGCAUCCACCGGCAUUGGAGAUGGACGCAAUGCUGGACUCUUUGGGACCGCCGUGGCUACCAUGGGGAUGUUGUCCAACGCGGUCUACAUCCUUUCCAUGAACAACUUUGGACCCAUUGCCGACAAUGCUGGAGGUAUCACAGAAAUGUCAAUGCAACCAGAGUCGGUUCGUGAUGUCACGGAUCGCCUGGAUGCGGCAGGAAAUGUCACCAAGGCCGUUACUAAGGGAUAUUCCAUUGGAAGUGCUAGUAUGGCAUGUUUCCUAUUGUUUGGAGCCUUCAUGGACGAGUUCUCGGAAUACAGUGGUCUCCCGUUUGAAGUCGUGGACAUUGCCAAACCGGAAGUCUUGGUCGGAGGGUUGCUGGGAAGCAUGAUUAUCUUCUACUUUACCGGACUUGCUAUUGCUGCUGUUGGGCGAACAGCUCAUGAAGUUGUGCUUGAAGUGCGUAGACAGUUCAAGGAAAACCCUGACAUUAUGACCUACAAAGCCAAGCCGGACUAUGAACGGUGUGUGGCAUUGGUGAC